GUGUAUAUAUGCACUAGAGGCCACGGCUGCAACUGCAAGAGCAAAGAAUCCUAGCUAGUACGUUCUCCAAUUCCACUCUACUGCAAUUGCAAAUUGCAAGAAGCCAAGAACCAACCGAUCGAUCUUAAAGAGGCUGAUUAGUUUUAUUAAUGGCGGAGGAGGAUCAGGGGAAGGGGAUGAUGAACUGGAGAGGCGCCGGCGCCGGAGAUGGUGAGAGCUGUAGCGGCGGCGUGGAGCUGGCCCUCCGGCUGCGGACAGGGAGCGGCGAUGCGGCGGCGCCGGCGGCGGUAAGGAGGAGGAAGAGCAUGACCAUAUUCUACGGCGGCCGGGUGUGCGCCGUCGACGUCACCGACCUCCAGGCAAGGGCGAUCAUCACCAUGGCGAACCAGGACAUGAUCUUGGCCGAGCAAAACCGGCGCAUGGGCAAUGAUCGCCACCAGGACAGCACCGGCAGCGGCAGCGGCAGCAGCGCCGCCCCGAGGUCGCCGCCGCCGGCGGCUUCACGGCGUGAUGAUCAUAAGGACUGCUUGGAUGCGGCGGCGGCGCCGGCAGGGCUGUCGAUGAAGCGAUCGCUGCAGCGGUUCCUGCAGAAGCGCAAGGCCAGGGCCGCCGCCGCCCCGUACGCCGCCGGCGACCGGCCGGCCAUGCCCUCCUAGGCUAGCUUAGCUGGCUAGCUUGUUUUUUUCGUUCUUUGAGAUUGAGAAAUAUACACUCUUUUUUCUUCAUCUAGUGUAAUGUAAUCAUGCUUGUUUAUGUUUGAUCGAUAUAUGGCAUCAUAAUGUUGCAAACAUAUGUGAUAUGUCCGGCCGGUCCGAAACUUAAUUACAGCAUCCUC